AAGCCCUAGACAAAUACGAGAUGGAGUUGGAGAAAGAGAAGGGGAAGUCAAUGUACUUCCCCCGAUGCGGUAGUCUGUACGUCCAAAACGGUUUCCGCACACACACCAAACAUGCCUAUGCCGCAAUUGCUCCUGGCAACGCGGAAGCGUCCACCACCCCCGUUGACAUCAACGAUUUCCACUGCGUGCGCGGCCACUCCCAAGAGGUGCUGCUGGGGACCACGGCGAAGCAGCAGGGAACGACGCUGGUGGGCGAGCUCCGAGAGUGCCUGGGGUGCUCGACGGGGAAGGGGCUUUCCAAGCCCAUCCCCAACAAGACGUCGACCCGAGCAUCGCUGCUUCCCAUCGCAGAGGAGGAAGAGGAAUUCGCAACUGACAAGGACGAGGUUGGGGAGGGCGCGUCGAGCCAAGGUGGAGGGAGGACAAAGGGAGAACCUAUGGAUGGAGGACCAGCGCCGGCCGCUCCGCCGGCCGCGCCCCAGGAGUCGGGCGCGGGCGACGCUGACGAUGGCGCCCCCUCGAGCAGGGAGGGCGCGAGCGUCGCCCCAUCUACCACCUCGGCCGGCAUGGCCGAUGGGGGCGAUGGCGAAGUCGACCGCCGCCGCAGCAGCAGCCGUCGUAGCGGCGGCGGCGGCGGCAGCGACAGCGGCAGCAACAGCGGCAGCGACAGCGACAGCGAGACGGAUCUCCCGGCGCUCUGCGGACCAGAGGCCUGGCGGCUCGCCCGCUUCGACAAGCCGGCAGAGUUCACCAGCCGCUGCACCAGGGAGAACCCUCGCCGAAAUCCGAGCACGGAGGAGUUCACCAGCUGGAUGCUCUCGGCGGUUCUUCACGUGGCGGAGGGGCUAGAGGCAAGGGAGGUGCGAGAGUUGCUGUUCGAGGGCGCGGGGGAGGCCCACGCUGCGCGCCAAGAGGCGGAGGACUUCCUGCUGGAUACGGUGGACCUCAUGCUCAACUCGCCAGACGCCUUCGAGACGGCUCUGGCGUCCCACGAGCUAAGUGAAUCACCCACAGGACCGAAGCGAGAUGACGAGAAGGGAGGGGAGUGGCCGGUGAGGGAGGCCAUCGGCAGCAUGAUGUGGGUGUCAACGUUCUCGCGUCCAGACGUCUCGUUCUCCGUGCGUGCGGUAGCGCGCCACGCCCACGCCCCGGCGAAGAGGCACUGGGGUGCCAUUCAGAAGAUCCUCGGCUACUUGAAGGAGACGAGGGACCUCGGCAUCACCUCCCAACGGGGAUCGGGGUUAGGGUUGGCCGUGUACGUAGACGCUAGCUACGCCGACACGGAGGAUAAGCGUUCCGUGUCAGGGUUGGCGACGACGGUUGGAGCCGAGUACAUUGCUGCCGGGGAGGGUGUCAAGGAGGCGUUGUUUGUGCGUGCUGUGCUUUCGUUUGUCGCCCCAGAGACCAGUGGUAGCAGCAUCCAGGUCCUUGACGACAACCAGGGGGCCAUAGCGUUGGUGCAGAAGCCCCACAGCUCAGGUCGCACGAAGCACAUCGACGUGAGAUUUCAUUUCAUCCGCGCGUUGUUUAGGUCGGGGGGUACGUCGGUCAAAUUCGUUCCGACAACGGAGCAACACGCGGACCUCCUAACCAAGGUCCUCAGCAGGGCAAGUCUGCAGUACCACCGGCGCAAGUUGAUGAAUUUUCCGGAGUAG